AUGGCCAUCUCUCUUUCAUGCCUCCCCCUUGUGGCAAUGCUCCUGCCCAUAUUUACACACUUGGCAGAAGCAGCAACCGUAACGUAUGAUUUCAAUAUUACUUGGGUGCUCGCCAACCCGGAUGGCGCAUUUGUAAGGCCAACGAUUGGAAUCAAUAAUCAAUGGCCUCCGCCCAUCAUGAGAGUCACCAAAGGCGACACGGUGAUAGUCAAUGUUGAGAAUAGUCUCGGCAACCAGACAACAACGCUCCAUUUCCAUGGCCUGUAUAUGAAUGGUUCGACGCACAUGGACGGUCCAUAUCAUGUGACCCAAUGUGGGAUUGCGCCAGGAGUCAAGUUCAAGUACAACUUCACUGUUGAUCAACCGGGUACCUAUUGGUAUCACUCCCAUGCCAAAGGCCAAUAUCCCGACGGUCUUCGCGCCCCUCUCAUAGUUGACGAUCCAGAUUCUCCUUUCAAGGGCAUGUACGAUGAGGAGUAUGUUCUUUCGGUCUCAGACUGGUAUCAUGACCAGAUGGCGACGCUCAUCCCCCAUUUCAUAAAUCGCCGAAACCCAAAGGGCGCAGAACCAGUACCUAACGCCGCCCUGCUCAACGACACUCAGGGUCUUCAGGUACCUAUUCAAGCCGGAAAGACUUACCUGUUCCAUAUGGUCAACAUGGGAGCUUUUGCUGGCCAGUAUAUAUGGUUCGAAGAGCACAAUAUCUCAAUUAUCGAAGUUGAUGGCAUUUAUACCGAGCCAGCCAACGCUGAAAGAAUCUACCUCACUGCUGCUCAGCGCUGCAGCUUUCUAUUAACCGCCAAGAAUGACACGAAUUCCAAUUUUCCUUUUGUCAGUAGUAUGGAUACUACUCUUUUUGAUAAAAUACCUGAGGGCUUAAAUUGGAACGUCUCGGGGUGGCUACUCUACGACCAGAGCAAGCCCUUGCCAGAUGCUGCAAUUAUCUUAGAAGAUAGUUUUCAAGAAUUUGACGACUAUACUCUCGUCCCAUAUGACAAAGAGCCGCUCUUUCCCGAUCCGGAUCAAUCUAUAACGCUUGAAGUCGUAAUGAGCAACCUCGGCGACGGGGCCAACUAUGCGUUUUUCAACAACAUCUCUUAUGCGCCUCCUAUCGUCCCAACCCUCUACACCGUCAUGACUGCUGGCGCAACGGCAGCCAAUACCCAAGUGUACGGUGACUACACCCACUCUUUCGUCCUCGGAAAAGAUGAAGUCAUUGAGAUCGUGGUCAACAACAACGAUCCAGGAAAGCAUCCCUUCCACCUACACGGCCACGCCUUCCAAGCCGUCUGGCGGUCCGAUAGAGAUGCUGGAAAUUUUAAUGAGACGGCCCUGGUAUCUGUGAGCGAUUUCCCAGCUGCUCCUAUGCGUCGUGACACGUUCGCAGUCCACCCUAAUGGAAACAUUGUUUUACGAUUCAAGGCCGAUAAUCCCGGCGUAUGGCUCUUUCAUUGCCACAUCGAAUGGCACGUGGAUUCUGGCCUAAUAGCUACGAUGGUCGAAGCUCCGCUGGAGUUACAGAGGACGUUGUCAAUCCCACAGGAUCACUACGACUCUUGCGUGGUUGAUGGAACGCCAGUGAAGGGUAAUGCUGCUGGAAACAUAAUCAAUCUACUUGAUUUAACUGGGCAGAACGCGCCGCCUGGUCCGUUGCCUGAAGGAUUCACGACACGGGGCGCGGUUGCUCUUGGGUUUAGUAUUCUCUCUGCAUUCACCAGUAUAGCUGUGAUCUCAUGGUAUGGUCUUGCAGAUAUAUAGCACUCCCACGCCUUCAAACUCCAAAUGUACAAAAAGACGUUGCGUUUGUUCUAUGCUAUCCCAUGUCUCUUGCACCGAACCGGCCUUCUUUUCACCUCGCCUGUCAUUAUUUCUCCUUUCAUCUGGCCCCUUAUAUUCUCGCCCUACCCUCUCUCCGGUUAGACUGCUUCGGAGUUUGCUGCUGUGAAUGUCCUUGAUGCUCCACCAGUUGGCUCGAUAUCAUUAUAAGGUUUGCUUCGCCUGAGAUGCGGUGGCGGGUUUGCUCCCACUGGCUCUUGGUGUUGAUGAUGAUGUUUGCAUAGGGCCUAGUGAGGAAUAAUUGUUAGCCCAAUCUAUACAAAUUACGUGAGCUUAAAUCUG